AUGCAUGGCAUGCAAGCAGAGCACCAGAAUCUCGAUGACAGGCGAGAGAGAAGACAGCAAUCCUUUGGUACGCGCAAAAGCACAGCGUUCUUGUCAUCGGGGGACUCAUCAUCUCCAAUCACACACAGGGUACAAGUUUUGACGGAGGGGACGGACUGGGUGUCGCGUGGCUUGCGCAUGCAGGCAUGCGUGCGUGCGUGGUGUCUUGUUGGACCCGCUCCGCCCGCUGCCAAUGCCAAGAUGCACCAACUCAGCGGUGUGGCCUCGGCGGUCUUGGCUGGCGAGCAAACCUGA